UGAAUGCAGGACUGGUUUAAGUGAAACCCACAGCACCACUGGCUGGACCAGGGGCUGAACCGGACCAGGGGCUGGACCAGACCCGACUGUCAUCAGGGCUGCAGGCUGAGGACUAGACAAGACCAGACUGGAAUCCCCUCAGCUCAGGUGAAGCCUCUACUGCUGGACAGGAUCGGGCCGAACUAGGUGCAGUGGAUUAUGGGUUGUUCAGCCAGCGUGGUCCUACUCCUGCGAUCAGUGGGCGGGGCAGACUGCGGUCACAUGUGCUCACGACAUGACCAGAUGUCAGUGGAUGCUGCCACACCCACUCUAGAGGGGUACACCACCACCACCUCACCUCUGACCAUCAUUGUAAUGCAGGAGAAGCCGAAGCUGAUCGAUCCUCUUGACUAUGAGGCUGUCAUCGCUGAACUCGGGGAUGAGCUGAAGGAAGACCCUCUCAGAGACCUGCUCCUAUUCCCUGACAAUGAUUUCUCGGUUUCCACAGUGCCUCAGGAGAGACGGACUCUCAAGUCAACGGUUCCUGAGGGGGCAGAGCUCCAGGCUGAAUGUCUGCUGGUCAGACAGGCCUGUAAGUAUUACAACUCUGAACUAAAUGUGGUCCAGUUCAAGUAUGACGACUAUGCUGGAGACUACCGCCUGCUGCCCAGAAAACUGUACAAAGCGGAGAAGCUGCCUUCCCAUUCUUUUGAGAUUGACCAUGAGGACAUGGACAAGGAUGAGGACACCACCUCAUUGUCCUCAUCCAAAGGAGGUGGGGGAGGCGGUGGUGGUGGUGGAGGAGGAGGAGGGAUUGGUGUGUUUCGAUCAGGUUGGCUGUACAAGGGAAACUUUAACAGUACCGUCAACAAUAGCAUCACUGUUCGGUCGUUCAAGAGGAGGUAUUUUCAGCUGACACAGCUGACAGACAACUCCUACAUCAUGAACUUCUACAAAGAUGAAAAGAUCUCAAAAGAGCCAAAAGGGUGCAUCUUCCUUGACUCAUGCACGGGUGUAGUGCAGAACAACCGUCUAAGGAAGCAUGCCUUUGAACUGAAAAUGAAUGAGGUUACGUAUUUCGUGCUGGCCGCGGAGAGUGAGCAGGACAUGGAGGAGUGGAUCAGCACGUUGACCCGCAUUUUACAGAUCAGCCCUCCUGACGGGCCAGUUCCAGACCGUAAAAGUCUGGACCUCACUGACCAUCGCCAGGAUGUGUUUGAUCUGUCGCUGAGUGACUGCUGUUUGCAGGAGAAUGAAGACGCUGCAGAGAACGGCAUUAAUCCUGAAUUAGCAAAGUAUAUCGCAGAGACAGAUGAGGGAAUUCGCUCAGCCAGGAGAGAAGAGAGGUUGAAUCUGUUCUCGCUUGACCCCGAUACCCCAGUCUUAAGGAGCCCACGGACAGAACAUCCAUCAGCUGACAACACGUCUGUACGCCCAUUUGAGGACAAGCUCGGCAGAAGGUUUAUGGUAACCUGCAGAUCGCUUAACCUCAUGCUGCAGGGCUGCAUCAACGAGAAUGAAACUGGACCAGUCACUAAUAUUGAGCCCUUUUACGUGUCAUUGGCUCUGCUGGAUGUGAGAGAAGGGAGAAAGGUAUCUGCCGAUUUCCACGUAGACCUCAACCACGAAGCAGUGCGUCAGAUGCUCGGAGGCUGCAGUAACGGAGUAGGCGGUCCAGGGACGGGGCUCGGAGGACAGGAGAACGGCUUGUGCUCUCCAGCAGAGAAGAAGCCAGGAGAUUGUUAUCUCAGCCUGGAUCUGGAACACUGGCUGUGUUUCCCUAAACAGGCCAUCUUUUCAGUGACCAACCCCCACACAGACAUAGUAAUGGUGGCCAGAGUGGAAAAGGUGCUGAUGGGAAAUAUUGCAUGUGGAACAGAACCUUACAUCAAGAACACAGACUCCAGCAAGACUGUACAGAAAAUUUUGAAGUCCAACAAGCAGUUCUGCAGUAAACUGGGAAAGUACCGCAUGCCGUUUGCCUGGGCUGUCAGAUCAGUGUUUAAGGAUAACCAUGGGGCCCUGGAUCGAGAGUCUCGCUUCUCGCCUCUCUUCAAACAGGAGAGCAAUAAGAUUUGCACAGAUGACCUGAUAAAGCUGGUGACUGAAUACAGGAGGGCUGAGAAGACCAGCAAACUGCAGACUAUUCCUGGGACUCUAGAUAUUGGAGUAGACUAUGUCCCAAUGGAGCAUCCUAACUGCGUCACCUCCUCCUAUGUUCCAGUGAAGCCCUUUGAAGACUUCAGCAAACACCAGCCAACAGUGGAGGUAGAAGAGUUUGUGCAGGAUACCACAAAAUUCACUCUGCCACACCGUGUCUACAAAAACCAUAUCUAUGUCUACCCUAAACACCUCAAGUAUGACAGCCAGAAGAGCUUUGCCAAGGCUCGUAAUCUUGCAGUAUAUGUGGAGUUCCGCAGCUCAGACGAAGAGGUUGCCAAACCUUUAAAGUGCAUCUACGGAAAGCCAGGGGGUCCAGUUUUCACCACAGCAGCCUGUUCUACAGUGCUGCAUCACUCUCAGAACCCUGACUUCUAUGAUGAGGUGAAGAUUGAACUUCCCACACAACUUCAUGAAAAGCACCACCUUCUUUUCUCCUUUUACCAUGUGACGUGUGAUAUAAAUGCUAAGACGAAUGCUAAAAGGAAAGAAGCUCUUGAGAACCCAGUGGGCUACGCGUGGCUGCCUCUUCUCAAAGAAGGCCGUCUGUCAACUCAGGAGUUCAACAUCCCUGUUUCCUGUAACCUGCCGCCUGGAUACCUGGGCAUCAAGGAGGCCAACAACACCAAGAAUGGUGCUGAUGUGAAGUGGGUCGAUGGAGCAAAAGCCAUCUUCAAGGUGUCCACGAUUGUCAUCUCCACAGUUUACACUCAGGACCCCCACCUGAACAGAUUCUUUCAGCAGUGCCAGAAGAGAGAGCUGGACCUCUCACUACCUCCUACCUCCAACUUCCUUAACUGCCUGAAGGGUCUCCUCAGUAUGGAGAGAAUCCCAGUGAUCAUCCGGUUUCUGCCUGUGCUCUUCAACCAGCUGUUCAAGGUUCUGACUCAGAAUGACAACGAUGAGGUGACUACUGCCACCACCAGAGUGCUGGUCCAUAUUGUCGCAAAGUGCCAUGAAGAAAACUUGGAUCACUACCUGCACUCUUACAUAAAGUAUGUGUUCAAGUCAGAGGCUCACGGCUUCAGGACAGUCCAUGAAGAGUUGGCAAAGGGGAUGACCUUUGACCUGAAGAGUAACGAGCAGGCAGCCGUCAGGAAUGUCCUCAAGUUCUCUUGGUUCUUCUUUGAGCUUAUUGUCAAGUCCAUGGCCCAACAUUUGGUGGACGCUGACAAAGUAAAGCUCCCGAGGCCCCAGCGUUUUCCUUCAUCAUAUCUGAGCCGUGUGGAGACCCUGGUGGAGACAGUGUCCGAGCACAUCUUCUGGAAAAAUAAAGACCUGGCAGAGGAGACGCGCAGUGCUAAUUUAGCUGUAGCAGCUUUUGUCAAGCGUUGCUUCACUUUGAUGGACAGAGGCUUCACCUUCAAACUGAUCAGCAACUACAUUAACAUGAUCACUGCUACUGACAGCAAGGUCUUAUGUGAGCUGAAAUUUGAGUUCCUGAGAGAGGUGUGUAACCAUGAACACUACAUUCCUCUCAGCCUGCCUCUGCCGUCCGCUCGCAUCACAGACCAUGCAUCCCCAGAGCCACAAAGCACUCAUGCCUCGGUGCCUGAAUACAACCUGACUGGGGAGUUCUGCAGGAAGCAUUUCCUUACUGGUUUGUUGCUACGGGAACUGGGGCUGGCACUUCAGGACGAACAGGACCUCAGACACCUAGCUUUGGCCACCCUGAAGACUUUAAUGGCCAAACACUCUCUGGAUGCACGCUAUGCCACCAAGGAGAAACAGGCGAGAAUUGCGUCGCUCUACCUGCCUCUGUAUGGUCUAAUCCUGGACAACAUGCCCCGAUUCUUCCUCAGGGACCUCAUCCCCAUCUACUUCACCUCUAGUGAUCAAGGCUCUCGUGAUGACCUCAGCGUCGGAGGGGGAGUGGCUGGAGGGGUCAUUCCUGUUACUCGCCAUGGCAACUCUGUGGAUGCCUCUUUCUCCAAAGAAGUACUCAACUCCAUCACAGCAUUUUCAUCCUUGGCAGUUGCUACGGGUAACCAGACUGACUCUCGGGGUUCUCUGAUCAGUGUGGACUCAAACCCUAGCAACAGUGACAGGAACAGUGAGAAGAUGGACGGAUGCGAGAAGUUUGCCAGACCCCAGUCUCUGAUAGGCUAUGGUUCUCGCUGUGACAAGCUGGACCAAGCAGAGACCCGUAGCCUGCUCAUGUGCUUUUUACACAUCAUGAAAACUAUUUCUGAGGAUGUGCUGGUGUCCUACUGGCACAGAGCCAUUCACCAGGAGAUCUCAGAUUUCUUCAACAUCUUAGAGUUGUGUCUUCAGCAUUUCAGGUUCCUCGGAAAACGCCACAUAGCACGGAAGCUAGCAGCGGCAGUAAAGCUGGCCCAGUCAACCCAGGCCAAUGGCACCCUGAAGGCCUCUAACCACCCCUCUCAGUCCUCUCAACCCUCAAGCCUCUUCCCACAAUGGAUGGCUUCAUCUGGAGGGGAAGGCCAUCGACACGCUCGCUCCCAAACUAUGCCAAUCAUCAGGGGUAAGAAUGCCCUCACCAACCCAAAGCUGCUGCAGAUGAUGGAGACAGAUGGGAAUAUUCAGGAUGGAGACACGCUGAGUCCUACAGAUAUCGAGGCAAACCUGUCGACGGAGGUGGCCCUUACUGUGCUGGAUGUACUAGAGCUCUUUGUUCACCAUCACAAGAAGCAGUUGUUGCUCGAUGAUGGACAGAAUGCACUGAUGAAGAAGGUGCUGGACACCUACUUGCUCUUCUUUCAGAUCAAUCAGUCCACUGCCACCCUACGGCAUGUCUUCGCUGCACUCAGACUCUUUGUUCAAAAGUUUCCGAGUGCAUUCUUCCAGGGUAAGGCAGACCUUUGUGGCUGCCUGUGUUAUGAGAUCCUCAAGUGCUGUAACCAUCGAUCCAGCUCCACCCAGAUGGAGGCAGCGGCCUUGCUGUAUUUUGUCAUGAGAAAAAACUUUGAGUUCACCAAGGGAAAGUCAAUAGUCCGCUCACAUCUGCAGGUUAUCAAGGCGGUGAGCCAGUUAAUAGCAGAUGCCGGUAUUGGCGGCUCAAGAUUUCAGCAGUCUCUGGCCAUCAUUAAUAACUUUGCAAAUGGAGAUGUGCCACUUAAGAACUCUCCAUUCCCAGCAGAAGUUAAAGACUUGACCAAACGGAUCAGGACGGUUCUUAUGGCUACAGCUCAAAUGAAGGAGCAUGAGAAGGAUCCAGAGAUGCUGGUUGACCUGCAGUACAGUCUGGCCAACUCUUAUGCCAGCACCCCUGAGCUGCGACGGACCUGGCUCGAGAGUAUGGCCAAGGUCCAUGUCCGCAAUGGCGAUCUCUCUGAGGCUGCCAUGUGCUACAUCCACAUAUCAGCCCUGAUCGCUGAAUCACUGAAAAGGAGAGGAUACUGGAGAGCUGACAAGGCCAGGAUGUCCAGUGUGUCCCCUGAAGAAAGCCCUGUCUUUAACUGUAGCUCCUUACUAACUACCUCCCGAGAACAAGACACGUCAUUCUCUAUGGGCUGGGCAGCUUUUAUGUGCAUCAGUCCCAAUGUCAAGGAGGAAGGUGCGAUGAAAGAAGACACUGGUACACAAGACACCCCUUAUACUGAGGACACGCUGGUGGAGCAGCUGGAGCUGUGUGUGGACUACCUGUGGAAAUCAGAGAGACACGAGCUCAUUGCUGACAUCAACAAACCUGUCAUUGCUGUUUUUGAAAAGAGGCGGGAUUUUAAGAGACUGUCAGAGCUGUACUAUGACAUCCAUCGCUCCUACCUGAAGGUGACUGAGGUGGUCAACUCAGAAAAGAGGCUCUUCGGUCGCUACUACCGUGUAGCUUUCUAUGGACAGGGUUUCUUUGAGGAGGAGGAGAGCAAAGAGUUCAUCUACAAAGAACCAAAGCUAACAGGGUUGUCAGAAAUCUCCCAGAGAUUACUCAAACUCUACUCAGACAAGUUUGGAGCUGAUAAUGUCAAGAUGAUCCAGGACUCUAAUAAGGUGAAUCCCAAAGACCUGGACCCCAAGUUCGCCUACAUCCAGGUGACAUAUGUGGUGCCCUACUUUGACGAAAAAGAGCAGCAGGAUAAAAGAACGGAUUUUGAGAGACAUCACAACAUCAAUCAUUUUGUGUUUGAGACGCCGUUCACUCUGUCGGGAAAGAAGCAUGGAGAUGUGGAAGAGCAGUGCAAAAGACGCACCAUAUUAACCACGAGUUCCAGCUUCCCUUACCUAAAGAAGCGUAUCCAGGUGGUGGAGCAGCAGAGUACAGAAAUGAACCCGAUUGAGGUAGCUAUAGAUGAGAUGUCACGUAAGGUGUCCGAACUCAACCAGCUCUGCAACAUGGAAGAAGUGGACAUGAUCCGACUACAGCUGAAACUGCAGGGCAGUGUCAGUGUGAAGGUAAAUGCUGGGCCCAUGGCUUAUGCCAGGGCAUUCCUGGAGGAGAAGAAUGCCAAGAAGUACCCAGACAACCAGGUCAAACUGCUCAAAGAGAUCUUCAGGCAGUUUGCAGAAGCCUGUGGUCAGGCUUUGGAUGUGAAUGAGCGUCUGAUCAAGGAGGACCAGCUUGAGUACCAGGAGGAGAUGAGAGCUCACUAUCGCGACAUGCUGACUGAGCUGUCUGGCAUCAUGAAUGAACAGCUGCAAAAAAGUGUUCUUGCCUCAAGCACCUGCUCUCUCUCUAACAGCUCUUUGUCUACUCUUUCUAAGACUGAUUCCUCACACAAGACAACCAGGAACGGAACGGCACAGCGCCUUCUGAAUGGCCAAUAGACUCACAGCAACGUUUUUGUGCCAAGGAGGACAAUUUUCCCCCCAAGAAAUGGCUUUGGAGUGCCAGUUUGAGCCUCAGAAUGGCUCAGUUGCUUGUUUCUGACUGUUGUUUUCUGGACUAGUGGAACUGUGACUGAUGGCAAGUGUAGAGAAAACAAGGGAAGAAGUGUGUAGACUGUGGUUGUGGUAGUCUGUAGUCCUGUUGUUGAACUUUGACUAUCUACAGUAGAGGCCAGACUGCUGGACUGUUAGCUACUGUUGUUUUGGUUUUAGAGACUCAGUCCAUGUGUAGUAUGGAUUCCCCUGUCCUGCCGACUGAUUCAUCAGCCUACAUACUGACAAACACUUUCACAAAAGAAAGAAACAUACACCGUGUUUUAUCCACAUGUACACACACAUGCAUUUACAUACAAACACACAACAUGCGCCUUCUCUCCACAACCCUGUCCCUUUAGAGAACAGUGACCUUACUGAGCUCGAGGUGCGUUCAGCUGUACACAUAAUUUAUAUAGCUUUCUGAUGCAUUUUAAUGAGGGUUUUCAUUAUCACUGAAUUUUAGCAGAGGAAGUCAUGACAAGAGACAAAUGUGAAAAUUAAGAUUUGGAUUACAGGUCUUAACAAACUGAGCGUCUGAAGAGUUGAACGCACCUCUAGUUCCUGUUGAAUGUAGAGCAGUUCCACAUUGCUACUUUGUAUCCUCGCUAACAUUCUGGAAAUCUCAGCUUGCCAGUUUUCAAAUGG